UGUCGGCCGAGCCGCCAACAGCAUGUCGGUGCUUCCGUACGGCAUUGCGACGGAGAAGGGUCCGAAGCAGUCGCAGGAGGACGCGUACUUUAUUGGCGCCUUCCGUGGGGACCGGCUGACGUUGAAUGGGUUCACCGGACCAAGUUCGUCGUCCAUGGACGAGUACGCAGGAUGUUUUGGGGUGUUUGAUGGUCAUGGAGGGGAUCGAGCGUCGAGGUAUUGCGCCGAGUUUGCGUUUCCAAAGAUCCGUGCAAACCUCGCAACGUUGCAGCAAUGCAAAGCGGCCUCAUCUGGCUCCACCGACCCCCUCGCGGAUGCCGACGAUGCAGUGCUUCCCCACGUGCUGCGGCAGUCGAUUCUCGAUCUAGGUACGUGUAUGCGAACUUUCAUUCGUUCGUCGUUAGUUUCCUAUCGAUAUCCCUCGUCGUCGACGAUAGAUGCUGAAUUCUGCGACCGGUCUGGCGCCAACUUGCGCUUUGGGAAAGCCAGUGGGAACACCAAGUAUCCCCUCUGCGGCAUUGAAGACGGAUCAACCCUCGUGCUUGCUAUGAUCCGACGUCACAAGCUGUACGUGGUCAACGUCGGCGACUCCCGCGCCGUGUUGUGUCAUGUCGCAUCCUCGGGCACGUACAAGGCCACGGCGCUCACCACCGACCACAAGCCAGACCUCCCGGCCGAACGUGCGCGCAUCCAAGCUAACGGCGGUACCAUCACCGGCCUCGUCUGCGGCCACAAGCCGCCCGAGUUUGCUCUGCACAUGUGGCCAUUCAACCGCCUCGUGGACGUGCCGCGCGUCGACGGCGUCCUCAGCAUGACCCGCGCGAUGGGAGAUGUGACGAUGAAGCCCCCGCUCUCGGCCGAGCCGGACGUUGUCGUGCAUGCGCUGGAUGCAAUUUCCGACAAGUUUUUGAUUCUGGCGUCCGACGGGCUGUGGGAUGUCGUGUCCAACAAGAAGGCGGCAAAAGUGGCGCUCAGCAGUCCGAGCGCGCAAGCGGCCGCCGCCGCGCUAUGCAAACUCGCCAUGAAGCGCGGGACCCAUGACAACGUGACAGUGCUCGUCGUGGACUUGGCCAGGUUUAUGCACACGACCAAGUUGGAAUAAGCAGUCUUCACAACGUACUACUAUUUAACAAAGAGUAUCACCAGAGUACACUUACUGACCGAAGCAAGCAGCACAACACUGGCUUUCCUAGACACCAUGCGACAGAGUCUACCUCUUCCGAGUAGAACGUUGAAUAUACUGACACUAUGUCCA